UUGGCGACAGCGGAAGUUUCUAGGCAUACUUGAAGCUGGGAAAUAACUUAUUGAAUCGCAAAAACUAACGGUUUUUAUUAGACUUUUAUUUAUUUUUUAUCACGGACAACCACGCUAUCGUCAUCGGCUUGAUUGAGUAACGUUCGCUUUCUAGCGUCAUAAUUCUUACCGUAGUAAAUUUGAAAUGCCAAAAAAUGUUACAGCUAGCUUGCUAGCUACGUAACGCGUUGGCUAGCAAGGUCUAAAGAUGUCGUCCUGGGAUAUCAGAAAGGUGUACUUGUACAAGUUACCACCAGUUGUCCUGUGCGAGUUCUCCGGUGUUAUGGACAGUAUCUCCGACGUGGACUGGGACAGAUUCGCGUCCCAUGUGUUGACGGACCAGACUGACAGGCGUCUGGCUGAGAGGAGAGAGCGACGGACAGACUGGGUGAUGAACCACUGGGCUCAGAGGAAUGGAACAGUGGGAGAACUACUGAACGUGUUGGAGAAGCUGCAGCUGUUCAGAGCCAGAGACAUCAUCCUGGACUGGAAGCCCAGUGGACAGCGGCCCUCUUCCACUCCACUUGCUGCCCCGUCGCAGGUUAAACUGGAGCCUCCCGUUCCCCCCUCUCACUUCUUCAACCCCCCUCCUAAAGCCCAUCCUGCCAGCACUCUGACCACGAAGAGACUCUCUCCACCUGGACUGAGGGCUCUGCCCAAACCUGGCCCUCCACCCACAUGGCUGAAAUCACAGGACCACAGAGGGGCGUCUAUAGACCAACAGUGGUCUGACUCCAGAGGCCCCCUGCUGUCCAGUGCUAUGUGUUGGCCGUUUGAGGAAGUCCAGAGGGGAACAGAGGACUUCUCCCAGACCAGGCAGAUAGGAGAGGGGGGUUUUGGACAUGUGUACCGGGCUACCAUGAGGAGUACUGACUACGCUGUCAAGAGGCUGAAAGAGAACUCUCUGCUAGACUGGAGCGUGGUGAAGGAGAGCUUCAAGACCGAAGUGGAGAAACUAUCACAAUACAGACAUCCCAAUAUAGUGGACCUUGUGGGCUACAGUAUCGGACGAGGAACCCACUGUCUGCUCUAUGUCUUCAUGCCCAACGGCUCUCUGGAAGACCAGCUGCACAACCAGGCUAGUGCUGCCCUCUUCUGGCCACAGUGUGUCAGUGUGUUGCUGGGCACAGCCAGAGCCAUCCAGUUCCUCCACUCUUCCUCUCCCCAGCUCAUACACGGAGACGUCAAGAGCUCCAACAUCCUAUUGGACGAGCACCUGGAGCCUAAGCUGGGUGACUUUGGCCUGGCCCGGUUCUGCUCCAGCAGCAGCAGGUCAGCUGGUAGAACCACUACGGUAGCCUAUACCAGGACAGUGAGGGGAACGCAGGCGUACUUACCUGACGAAUACCUCAAAACAGGAGAGUUGGGAGUAGCCAUUGACACCUUCAGCUUUGGAGUGGUGCUGUUGGAGGUGCUGACUGGCCGUAGAGCUUUAGAAGUUGACGACAGCCAAUCCAAAGCUGUCUACUUGAAAGACCUGGUGACGGAGGUUGAAGACGACAGAGGUCAUCAGGCCAGAGGGAGGUCAAAGAGGGGUUCAGAGAGAGUAACCGAGGAACAGCCUAGUAUUCACCCAGCUGCUACACACAUCUGGCAGAAGCACCUGGACCCCAGACUGCUGGCGACAGGGACGGGAGGCUCCCCUCCUCUGGCCCCACACGGCUCCCUGGACCUGGCUGCUCUGGCCUGUCGCUGUCUGGAGGCCAAGCGGAAGAGAAGGCCCCCCAUGACUGAGGUGUUCCAGGUGCUUCUAGACAUCCACACCCGUCUGAAGGCCUCAGACAGAGCCUCAUCCACUCUCAACGUAUCCUCCUCCUCUCCUUCUCACCAGCCCUUCCCCAAACCUCCUCAAUCAGCCAUAGACUCGUGUAUAGACUGCCUAACAGACGUUCUGUCAAAGAUGGGUCCACUGGAAGACACGUACCACUGCCCCCCUCACCCCUCCUCCACCCUGCCUCACCCCUCCUCCACCCUGCCUCACCCCUCCUCCUUCCUUGGUCCAUGUGAAUCGGAUGAGAGCCAAGGUUACUCUCAGUACUGUGCUCCUCCCUCCCAGCUCCCCCAUAGUGACACCAGAUCAGACCCCCAGACCUCCUUGCCGUGUGGUGGGGCCUCUGGGACAGUGCAGGGGGACAGUUGUGGUUGGUUUUCACCAGCCGGACGGUUACGCUCCAGUUCACCGUGCUCAGCGUCAGGCUUGCCCUGCCAUGGAGUAGUUGUUAAUGCAUGCAAAGAGCGUUUCCUCCACAAGAUGGCGCUCUAUGACGACGGCAGAAUACAGACCGGCGAGCUUUUUUCCUCGGCUCUUUAUGCUGAGAUGAACCCACAAUGCCGAGGACCAGAAGAGAGUGAUGAGCUUGAGUACCUAUCAGGGGAGGCCAGUGAGAAUCAGGACUGCACACGCAGACACACCAACUUUCCCAACUAACAACCUAGCCUACGGUUACACACUGCAAUACAUAGACAAACAAAGCCAUGUGGGUGCCAUCUGUGUGUCAUACAUUGGCCAACAUUCAAUAUUGGCUGUUAUGCAAGUCAGUUCGGGAAGAGCAAAUCAAAAUGUUGAGUUACAAAAAAAAAACUGGGUUGGAGUAUGUUCCAUUUUAAUUUCGAAAACUGAAGCAUGCGGUUUGGUAUCGGUGAAAUGUAAUCAACCCCAAAUCCAGUCAUUUCUUGCAAGUUUUCACACAUCACUAGUUCUGUUUUAUAAUUUGUACAAUGUAUAUUUUAGAUAAUUCAGACAACUGUAUUAUUUGUAUUUAUACAAUGUAUGUCAAGGUUUUCAUUAAAUAAACUUGAACAGGACUUUUA